ACUCUGCGCACGCGCACUGGCACUCUCCACAGGCGCACGAACCAAACAUGGCGGCGGCCGUCGACAGUGUUGUGAAAGUGCUAGGGGAGCAAUAUUACCGAGAUGCCAUGGAGCAGUGCCACAGCUACAAUGCCCGACUGUGUGCUGAACGCAGCAUCCUCAUGCCCUUCCUCGACUCGCAAACCGGUGUGGCUCAGUCCAACUGCUACAUCUGGAUGGAGAAGCGACAUCGAAGCGCAGGUGUAGCUCCAGGUCAGCUGUACACUUACCCAGCUCGUCGCUGGAGGAAGAAACGACGCUCUCAUCCACCCGAGGAUCCGCGAUUGGCUUUCCCACCUCUCAAAGCUGCUGGUGUGUGCGCAGCAGAUUUAGACCUGGGCUUGAAGCGAGAGGCCAUAGGGGCGGUGGACGGCAGCAGUCUGGAGGCCUUACUGAAGGGCGAGCCUCUGGACAGGAGAAGUGGCGUGGCAGACGUUCGUGGUCCUGAGGACGAUGCAGCUACACCGGAGCCUCCCGCUAGCUCAACAGCCACUCACACGUCCUCCGGGCGUGUUCGCAAGAGAGUCUUGGACCACGAGGACUAUUUGGAUGACUUAGACGAUGAAGACUUUGAGGAUGAGACCCCAAAGAGGAGAGGCAAGAGCAAAUCCAAAGGUCGCAGUGACAAGAAUGGCAAGAAAAAAAGUGAGGCUGCAGCUGCAGCUCUGGAGGAAAGAGACAAACCUUACGCCUGCGACAUCUGUGGGAAGCGCUACAAGAACCGUCCGGGCCUGAGCUACCACUAUACACAUUCUCACCUGGCGGAGGAGGAGGGCGAGGACCGCGAGGAGAUGGAGGCACCACCCACUCCUCGCCAGCCUGAGGAGCAGAAGACCAAUAAGAAGGGUCCAAAUGGACUGGCACUGCCCAACGAUUACUGCGAUUUCUGUCUGGGAGACUCUACCAUCAAUCAGAAAACUGGCCACUCAGAGGAGCUGGUGUCCUGUUCAGACUGCGGCCGUUCGGGCCACCCCACGUGUCUGCAGUUCACACCCGUGAUGAUGGCCGCUGUCAAGACCUACCGCUGGCAGUGCAUCGAGUGCAAGUGCUGCAACGUUUGUGGCACCUCGGAGAAUGACGACCAGCUGCUGUUCUGUGACGACUGUGACCGAGGUUACCACAUGUACUGCCUUUCUCCUCCCAUGACAGAACCACCCGAGGGAAGCUGGAGCUGCCACCUGUGCCUGGCUCUGCUCAAGGAGAAAGCCUCCAUAUACCAGCAGAACCAGAACCCGGCCUCCGAGUGACAUGGCACCAACUAGUUAGUCUCAGCCCCUCGGUCACACAUCACAGCGCUCUUCUCAAGGACACUUUCCAAGUCUGGAGCUCAAGCAGUCGAAGUCUCCGUCGACAUGGAAGCAAAACAGACCUCAGAUCAGUUGAAGUGAGCCGCCAAGCUGCCUGCGAAGGCUUGGCUCACACAUAAAUAUGUCUUGGAGACAGGAGAGCAUGUGGUAACCAUAGCAACAGCUGUCUCCAUGGGAGCUCUGGGCAGUUGCAUCUCAGCUAAUUAUCUGCAUUUUGCCAAAUGAUCUAUUUUGACUUGCCAGAAGCCGUGGGGGCAAAUAUAACAAACAGAAUUAUUAUUGUUAUUGUUCUCGUGGAUUUUUGUAGUGUACUUUGUCCGAUUCCAUUGGAACAAGUCCAGCUCAGUCUGUUACUGUCAGGCAAACACCAUGGAGAUGAUUGACUGUAGACAGGGUUCAUCACAAAACAUGUUGUUCUUAGUAUUUAUCCACCAAAGGGAGCUCACAUUGUCUUACUUUUAGCGUCUGGCAUACGGUAGCCUCAGUAUGACGCUUGGCACACCAUCUGUACCGUAGUAGAAACCACCCACGGCAACACACUCGCAUCCUUCUUUUUGAGAAAAUACAAAUACAAAAAUGACCUACUAUUCCAUGGGUGUUGGGAGAAUUUUCUAGUCCAGUUUUGUAAAGUGUGUGCUGUACACUUAUACCAAGAUCAUGCAUUCUAUGUACUGUGUUGCCUUUUUUGUUGUAACUGUGACAUGUUUUCCAUUCAUUUGACUGUUCAAAUAUGUCAGACCUCCAUUUUGAGUAUUUGUAAAAUGAUGUACUUUGUUGUACUAUUUUAAUUUUUUUACAUUUUUUCGACUAGCCUGACUGAAAUAAACAUCACUUUUCAUUGGAA